GGGGCGCCGUGGGGCAGCGGGGUUGCACCUGGCGCGCGGCGGCCGCUCCUCUGCCCGCGUCCCAGGCCCCGCAGCCCCGCGCCGCCUCCUGGACCCGGACCCGGACCCGGUCCCGGACCCUCCGCGGGAUCCCAGCUCCUCCUCGAGCCGCCACGGGCCGCCAUGGCCUCUCUGGGGGAUCUGGUGCGCGCCUGGCACCUGGGCGCGCAGGCCGUGGAUCGCGGGGACUGGGCCCGCGCCUUGCACCUGUUCUCGGGCGUCCCGGCGCCGCCCGCCAGGCUGUGCUUCAACGCGGGCUGCGUGCACCUGCUGGCCGGGGACGCCGAGGCCGCGCUGCGGGCAUUUGACCAAGCCGUGACCAAGGACACCUGCAUGGCGGUUGGCUUCUUCCAGCGAGGAGUGGCCAACUUCCAGCUGGUGAGGUUCCAGGAGGCUCUGUCUGACUUCCAGCUGGCCCUGGCACAGCUGAGGGGCCACGCUGCCAUCGACUACACCCAGCUGGGCCUGCGGUUCAAGCUGCAAGCCUGGGAGGUGCUAUACAAUGUGGCAUCGGCACAGUGCCAGCUGGGGCUCUGGACAGAGGCGGCCGGCAGCCUAAGGGAGGCCAUGUCCAAGUGGCCGGAGGGGUCCUUGAAUGGCCUGGACUCAGCCCUGGACCAAGUGCAGAGACGGGGCUCGCUGCCGCCACGGCAGGUUCCCAGGGGCGAGGUCUUCCGGCCCCACCGGCGGCAUCUGGAGCACCUGGAGCCCGUGGAUUUCCUGGGCAAGGCCAAGGUGGUGGCCUCUGCCAUCCCCGAUGACCAGCGGUGGGGUGUCCGCCCUCAGCAGCCACAGGGACUGGGAGUGAACCUCGAUGCCAGGUCCCCAAUCAUGGACUCCCCAAGAGCUGGCACCCACCAGGGCCCCCUCGAUGCAGAGACAGAGAUCGGUGCUGACCGCUGCACGUCGACCGCCUACCAGGAGCAGAGGCCCCAGGUGGAGCAAGUUGGCAAACAGGCUCCUCUCUCCCCAGGGCCGCCAGCAACAGGGGGGCCUGGCCCCGGCCCCUAUGAGGACCCCGCGGGUGCUGGGGUAAGAGACUCUGGACCCUUCACCUGUCAGUCACCUGAGGGAGGCCGAGGCCAAACCCCAUCCCUCAGAAUCAAGGCUUGCAAGCCCCACUCACCUGCCCAGUCUCUGCCCACACCCCUCGGGCUGAAGACGGCCCUGACCAGACCCGGGGCCUCAGUGGCCAUCCCUCCCCCUCCUGCCUGGCCGCAGGGAGCAGGUGCGGGGGGCUCCGAGCCCCUGGUGACUGUCACCGUGCAGUGCGCCUUCACCGUGGCCCUGAGGGCUCGAAGAGGAGCCGACUUGUCCAGCCUGCGGGCACUGCUGGGCCAGGCCCUCCCUCACCAGGCCCAGCUUGGGCAACUCAGUUACCAAGCCCCAGGUGAGGACAAGCAGUGGGUCCCCAUACAUGAGGAGGAGUCGCUGCAGAGGGCCUGGCUGGACGCGGCUGCUGGCCCCAGGGGGCUGCAGCUGCAGUGCAGGGGAGCUGGGGGCCGGCCAGUCCUCUACCAGGUGGUGGCCCAGUACGGCUACUCAGCCCAGGAGCCAGAGGACCUGAGUUUCCGACAGGGGGACACGGUGGACGUCCUGUGUGAAGUGGACGAGGCAUGGCUGGAGGGCCACUGUGACGGCCGCAUCGGCAUCUUCCCCAAGUGCUUCGUGGUCCCCGCCGGCCCUCGGAUGUCAGGAGCCCCCGGCCGCCUGCCCCGAUCCCAGCAGGGAGAUCAUCCCUAGCAAUGCUGUGUACAUGAUAUUUUAAUAAAAACCACGCUCACUGCA